CUGUCGAGCCCCAGGCUGCAGAGGCAGGACCUGCGCACUUAACUGCUGCACCAGCAGGCCCAGCGGAUGCUGCCCAAUUUAAAUAGAUUUUUGCUCAAAUAAACUCUUAAAACUUUUAAUAUGCCUCACUUUAACAGUAUACACACACACACAUAUAUGGAACUAUUUCCAAUAUAAAAGUCUCUAAACCUAUCACAUAUACUUCUCUCUUGACUUCUUUCUUUACUUCCAACACACCCAGUUACCGAGGUUUAAAACAAAAAAUUGCUACCACUACACAUUCCUUUUUUACCCUACUCAGAUAUAGCUAACGCUGUCAGCAGAUCCUCUUCUAAAUGUAAAAUGUUGCAGGUAUCACAAAAGUAGGCAAAUGACCGAAUCACCAACCGAGCUGGAGCCUCCGGAAAACACAGACGGAAGACUAGGUAAUGCUGGCUAUAUGGAGGGGUGAGCGCGAGGGAGGAGUGGGGGGCGUUUGACUUUACUUCCAAUUGUCUUCAAGACCAUGAGUAUUGAUAGUUUUCAAUGAUUAUAAAAUACUGAUCAUGAAGAAUAAAAAUGCUACAAUCGAGUCAAAUUAGAUUCGUUUAGAAAAUAUAAAGCAAGUGGUGACUAUCAGUCGUCCGUCCUUCACCCCCUCUUGGGGUGCCUUCCAGUUCUGCGAGCCAGGGCUUACCCAGAAGGCACCGGGUUUCCGGCCUCUCCUCACAGGGCGGCUUGAAGGCGCCAUCUUUCCUCUCCGCCGCCCGCUGACUCCUGUCGCCAAAAGGCCGGUACCUCCUUUCCACCAAAAAAACUGGUACCUUCUGUCCAUCCCUGAGCCACCCAGCGUUGCCCUGCGCCCUGAGGCAGCUUCGCAAAGGACUCUAAAAGAGGUGAGGGGCUCAUCCCUUCCGCGCGGCCCAGCUCUAGUUAACAGCUCCUGCGCCAUUUUCGCCGCGGCGGCCGUGCCAAGCCGCUGGCCUGUCUCAACCGUUUCCAGAACCUCAAUCGGUGAGACACGAUGCAGGCGGGGAACUCGGGUGGAGAAAACAGAGGAGAUGGGAAGCAACCUUCCGGAAAAGAGAAAUUGCAGCUUAGUGUAUCUGAUUCGGCAUCCGAUGAUUUUAAAAAAACCUGGCUAGCGCUGAAAGAGCUCCACGACAAGGAGCUCCACCGCAUACAGACAAAAUUAACCAGUCUGAAGAAACAGCGAUUGGCAGACGGAAGGUGGACAGGCUCCACAGCCAAAAUUAAAGAGUUAACUGAGCAACAGAAAGUCCUCAGUGGCACCAUUCAGGAGUUGCGGGAACAAUUAAACGCAAAAACAUGUGACCGCUGUUCCAUGAAUGAAGCCUACAAGAAUAAACUACAGCAGGAAUUUUAUGAUGUCCAACAAAAAAAUCUUAACUUUAUUGCCCAGCUCACUGCAGAAAGGAAUAAAUUAAGAGAAGAAAAUAAAAGGCUUUGUGCAAGCCUAAAAUUGAAUCAGGAACAGUUUCACCCUACUUUUUCUGAUAGUGAUGACUUCUUUCCUUGUACUCAAGGGACUAUGUCAGUUUUUUCAGUGAGGGAUCCUGUGCAAGAACCUCAGGUGCAUCUGCCUAUCAGAGGACUAAAGCACUCACGUACCGAACAGAUGAAAUCUGGAGGGAAAAAAGAACAGCAACAAAGUUCAAAGUUUUCAGUUCCAUUUUAUAGUCAGGAGAUCUUUGAGGUGCCAGAGACUUCUUUUGAGAAGACUCCCUCUAACAGCAGUAAGUCUUCUCUAAUAAUCGAUGCCACCCAGAAGUCCCCUGCAAGUUUUCUUUUAAUGCCUAAACUUGCCUCUCAAAGGGGCUGUGAAUUUCAAGGUAUCGCACACCUUCCUGAAGACAAGCGUGGCCAGCCAAAAAUGAAACAGCUCGCCGUACAGAAGAUGUCCACACCACAGCGUGAAACUCAGCUUGACUUACCCUGGAGCCUUUCCAGUAUUUCUACAGGAGAAAACCCACCUGCUCAAAUAGUAUCUGAAACAUCACCGGAAAAUAUGCCUGAUUCUAAGAGAAGCUUAUUUCCUCCUGUUACACAGGGUAAGGAAAAGUUCCCUUUAAAUAUAUUUCAUUUGGACUAUACUUUAAGAUCUAGUGGGGAAAGAUCAAAAGCUAGUAUUGCUGGUGACAACACUGGGUGUUUGAUGAGAGGUGGCAAUAACCAGACGCCUUGCCCUGAACAGUCAACUUCGGGCAAGAAUACUAAUGAAUAUACAGGUGCAGAGUAUGGUGCUAGUAAGCCUCCAGAUGAUACCCAGAGAGUCAUUUCAAGAUCGACCAUAAAGAGAAAAGCCAGGGUGCAGUUACAAAGGAGGAGGAUGUAGCUUUCUCCCUCCCUCUCUCUUAAGGAAACUUUCUUUUACAAAGAGGACAGUCUUCCUGUCAAUUCAGACUGUAACUGAUAACCCCAGACUUUGAUUCCAUUUCUCAGGAUAUAAUAAGGCAAUGAGACCUAAAAAAAUUUUGGCGAAUGACUAAGACUUUGAAACACUAAAUUAUUGCCAGUUAAUAAAAUACAGCCGCAAAUAGAAAAGGAAACUCAUUCUUCAGAAUCCCUCUACUUCCAUCUAAAAGCAUAGAGGUCUACCAUCUUUUUGUUGAAAUUGUUACUACUGCUUAUGAACUAAUAACAGAAAGCCAAGAGAGGACCUGAAGGGCAUGGACUUGUAAGACUUCAACAUUUAAACAGAUAUAGAGUGACUAAAAUAAAAUACUGGACAAGACAAGGUAACUGGAGUACAUCCAUUGAGAAGAAUCCAGAAGCAGAUAUUUUUCAUAAUAAAACGACUAUGACUUUACACAUACCAUACAGCAUGGACUUGUAAGACUUCAACAUUUAAACAGAUAUAGAGUGACUAAAAUAAAAUACUGGACAAGACAAGGUAACUGGAGUACAUCCAUUGAGAAGAAUCCAGAAGCAGAUAUUUUUCAUAAUAAAACGACUAUGACUUUACACAUACCAUACAGCAUGACUUUAAAUAUACAAAAGAUAAAGAAGAUAUGUGACACAGACUGUAUACUAGUUAUUCAAAGCACGCUUUUAAAAAUCAAAAAGCAAGAGCAAAAGAAAGAAAAACCUAAUUAACAAAGACCAAAUAUUUAGCAAGCAAGGUCAACAUUUACAAGAAGAGAAGCAACUAUGAAGUUCUCAAGAAACAAAGCAGUUAUGGUUUUACCCAUGACAUAAGAAAAGCAGCCAGGGGCCUGUCACUGGUUAUCACGAGGACAUGCAGUUUAUGGAAAUGCUUUGGUUAUGUUCUAUCAUAUGAAGAGGAACUGUAAUGCUAGUAAAUAAUGUAAUUAUACAGCAAGGGGGAGAAAAGCUUGAAAAAGAACCUGACAUCAUACAAUACCACAUAGUGCUGCAGAGACAACCGUGGCAUCCUCACCCUCAGAGAACCCUUCCUGUCUUUUUGUUUGCUUCUGUUUUUCCAAAUCCUGGGUCAAAUAAAGGCUAAAGCAUUAAA